AUGGCAGAGCGGAAGUGUAUUUGCGAGAGAGCCAACAAGUUGUCAAAACCCAGACGCUCUCAGGGAUGGAGAGCUGGGCUGAGUGAGCUGCAGAAAAGUGGAAGAACACCUCGCCCUGGAUUAAAAUUGUACACCUGUGUGAGGCCUAAAGAACAAAGCCUUCAGUGCCUGCUCCCCUCGCCUCGGCAUCCCAGUAACUCGGCCAAAGACCGCGUCUCCCCAACAAACCCUUGCACUCAAAUUUCCACCGGGAAGAGGAACUGGAGCGCCGGCGCCAGCCCUUCCCGAUCUCCGAGAGGCCGGGGCACCUGCGUGCGGAGGCGCGUUCUCCUGGCCCUGUCGGAGCCCAUGCCGGCGUUCCUAGACAGGCCGUGGGGGCCCUGGCUGGGCUCCCGGACCCCGCCUCUGCGGGGGCUCGGCGCCGCCUCUCCUGCCCAGAGUUUUCUUGGAGGAUUUUUUGGUCCCAUUUGUGAGAUUGAUGUUGUCCUUAAUGAUGGAGAAACCAGGAAAAUGGCAGAAAUGAAAACUGAAGAUGGCAAAGUAGAAAAACAUUAUCUCUUCUAUGAUGGAGAAUCUGUUUCAGGAAAGGUAAACCUAGCCUUUAAGCAACCUGGAAAGAGGCUAGAACACCAAGGAAUUAGAAUUGAAUUUGUAGGUCAAAUUGAACUUUUCAAUGACAAGAGUAAUACUCACGAAUUUGUAAACCUAGUGAAAGAACUAGCCUUACCUGGAGAACUGACUCAGAGCAGAAGUUAUGAUUUUGAAUUUAUGCAAGUUGAAAAGCCAUAUGAAUCUUACAUCGGUGCCAAUGUCCGCUUGAGGUAUUUUCUUAAAGUGACAAUAGUAAGAAGACUGACAGACUUGGUAAAAGAGUAUGAUCUUAUUGUUCACCAGCUUGCCACCUAUCCUGAUGUUAACAACUCAAUUAAGAUGGAAGUGGGCAUUGAAGAUUGUCUGCAUAUAGAAUUUGAGUAUAAUAAAUCAAAGUAUCAUUUAAAGGAUGUGAUUGUCGGGAAAAUUUACUUCUUAUUAGUAAGAAUAAAAAUACAACAUAUGGAGCUACAACUGAUCAAGAAAGAGAUCACAGGAAUUGGACCCAGUACCACGACAGAAACAGAAACAAUCGCCAAAUAUGAAAUAAUGGAUGGUGCCCCAGUAAAAGGUGAAUCAAUUCCAAUAAGAUUAUUUUUAGCAGGAUAUGAUCCAACUCCAACAAUGAGAGAUGUGAACAAAAAAUUUUCAGUAAGGUACUUUUUGAAUCUAGUACUUGUUGAUGAGGAAGACAGAAGAUACUUCAAGCAGCAGGAGAUCAUUUUAUGGAGAAAAGCUCCAGAAAAACUGAGAAAACAAAGAACAAAUUUUCACCAGCGAUUUGAGUCUCCUGAAUCACAAGCAUCUGCUGAACAGCCUGAAAUGUGAACUGAAAAGGAGGGGGAAAAAAAGACAAAAACACCUGUAACCAUUAUGAUUAAGUUCAGCAAGUUAAAGAUAGUUGCAGCAUGUAGGGGAGAGAAAGGCCAAAAUUCCAUAUAUAAUAGUCUUCCUUUAUCUCACCAGUGCUGCAUUUAUUUUAUGGGAUAACUAAAGGUUCAUGUAUAUAUACAUUUAAAAAGUGCUUUCUUUGAAACACUGGAAAUUUCUUAAGCUGCCUUUUUUUUUUUACUGCACACUUUGAUGAUAAGCAUUCAGAUAUGCACCAAUAUAAACAUUAAAGAUUUUCAUGUGAGUAGGCUGGUAUUUUUAAUUUUGCUUUUUUGCAUAAUGUUAAUUAUAAAUCCCUUUCCUCUCCCUUUUCAUGCUAAUGAUUACCUCUUAUUCUCUAUAUGCAAAAAAUUAUUUUGUGUUCAAAUAAAAUUAGUAAACCUGA